AUGAUUGAUCACUGGGCCUUAGUUAAGCGUGUGUUGCGCUAUGUCAAGGGCACUCUUACAUAUGGGCUGCAGAUCACACCUUCACCGACUACUACCAUCCAUGCUUAUUCGGACUCUGACUGGGCUGGUUGCCUAGUGGACAGAAAAAGCACCAGUGGCUAUACUGUCUUUCUGGGGAGCAAUCUCAUCUCCUGGCAAUCCAGGAAACAGCGCACCGUGGCUCGCUCCUCCACUGAAGCGGAAUACAAAGCUUUGGCUGAUGUCGCUGCUGAAGUUACCUGGGUUGUCUCUUUGCUGCGCGAGCUAGGACUGCAUGACAGGAAACCAUCCAGUAUUUGGUGUGAUAACUUGGGUGCCACGUACCUUUGUGCCAACCCAGUUUUUCAUGCUCGAACUACGCAUGUAGAGAUUGACUAUCAUAUCGUCUGUGACAAGGUUGCGUCUGGGGACUUUGUGGUUAAUUUUGUCUCAACCAAGGAUCACGUCGCUGAUUGA